GGUGGUCAGUACUCUGCCGUACAUGGUUAUCGAAUAAAACAGAACAGCAGAAAGUUUAAAGCUCAUGAAAGUCUCAGAAUGAAUGGGACAGCUUACUCCAACUUUGACAAUCAAGAACAUGUCCUGAAACUGGGAGAGACGUUUGAGAAACACUCCAAAAGUGCCUACCAUACAGUGCGAUAUGACUUCAAACCAGCCUCCAUUGAUACAACAUGUGAAGGGGACCUUGAAGUGGGCAAAGGAGAGCAAGUCACUAUUACUUUACCCAAUUUAGAGGGUUCAAGUGCUCCAGUAACGGUCUUCAAGGGAUCCAAGAGGCCAUACAUGAAAGAGUGCAUCCUCAUUGUGAACCAUGACACAGGAGAAUACAGACUGGAAAAACUCAACAGCAACAUAGCUGUGAAGAAGACCAGGGCUGAGGGCAGCAGCAAAAUCCAUUCUCGCCUGGAGCAACAGACCAGUCGCCUCAGCCAGCAGAUGAGGAGUAACAACAACAACAGCAGCAGCAGCAGCAGCAACAAGACCUCAGCCAGCUCCAAGAGUUCUCCUCCCAAAGAGAAGACAUCUCCGGCAUCGCCCAUGGAUGACAUUGAGAGAGAGCUGAUGGCAGAGGCCCAGAUCAUGGACCAGCUGAGCAGCAGCGACAGCUCCUCAGACUCCAACAGCUCCUCGUCCUCCAGCAGUGAUGACAGCUCCAGCAGCAGCGACUCUGAAGAUGAACGGACUUCUGCGCCACCACCGCCGGCCCCGGCCCCGGCCCCAGCCAACCACAGCAUGCCUAUCAUCAACACCAGCAGUCGCCACCAGGAGAGUGGAGGACUCAUGAACACACUCAAGAAUGACCUCCAGCUGAGUGAAUCAGGCAGUGAAAGUGACUGAGCGAAAUGAGGACGACUGCCUACCUGUGGACAGCGGGAGGAUUUCAGGAAAGGGUGAAGGAACCAGGCACAGACCUGUUACUCAGUGUCUUGCUUCCUUUAAUGUGGGACUGUCAUCUCUACAUAUCCACAAUUCUGCUAGCAAAAAUAUAAUUUGUUGCUUCUCUGCCAACAAACUUCAAAUUUUAUUUUCUGAUUUAUGGCUUCAUGAUGUGUAUUUUAUGUAUGUUAAGAUUGUAUGUGAAAGAGAUGCCUUAGUUCAGAGAGACGUGAUGCGUUUGGUGAAAGAGAAGCAGUAAACUAUGCAUAAUGUUUCAUCUCAGUGGAUGCAGAUGUGCGGUUAAACUGGCCUAGCAUAUCAGAGGCAGAAUGGCAGCAAUGUUCGUGUUGUGUUGAUGGAAGUCUCUGGCCACCAAUCAGUCAUCUUAAACCAUCACUGGAGUUUCUGUAUUUCAGCUUAUAGCAAUAUUAGAAACCUUUUAUUGUGCCUAGGUCAGAUGCUGGUUAAUAGCUUUAGUUCAUUUUUAAGAGUCACAGCUUUUUGACCGGAGACAUUAAACUGUCAUAACAGAAAUGAAUUUGUUUUUUUAGGAUGAGCCACACUGAUAUGACAGAGUCCUUUGCUUUUUUGUAAAGUUAGCUGUAGUGCCUUUUGCUUUGGAAUACUGAAACCCAGCUGCAGGACAACCAUUUUUUUCUUUCAUUUAAAGCUGCAUUAAUUAAAAUUAAAAUUAUUAUUAGGAGUAGUAGUAUUAAUAUUAGUAUUAUUGUGGCCACUUUGCAGGAAGUGGAACAAGCUGAAAACCUAACAUUGAUAAAUUAUGACUGUAGAAAUUUGUAAUUGCAAAAGUGGAGCAAACAGUUGCUUAUUUACACGUCCAGAAGUCACAAGUCAACAUUAGCAUUCAUUUGUAGUUGUGUUUCUUGCGACCUUAACAAUAGAUGCCCCAGAAUCACUUUCCUAUGAGCUCUGUUUUGGUCUUCACCAAUCCCUUAGAAAUAUAUCUGGGUCUGUAGCUUCUACAUGCUCCAUUAUGUUCACCAGAGAGUAGCUAACUCUGUCAGCUGUUUGACACCAAGCAGGCUGUGUACAGUGAGUCCAUGAAAGCUUUUUGACAGAAAACAGCUGCCUGCUGUGACUGGAAACGGGGUUAAUGAGAGCAGAGUGUGUUGCCCAGAAAACCAAAAACAACGAGCUGAAAAAGGGUGAAUGCUCUGUAGAGCUCAAGGUGAAAGGCUGGUGAUGGUUAUCUCUAGCUUCAUAACUACAGGACAACCCUUUUUUGAAUUUGACCUAGUCAUUUUAUUCACUGUUCAUAUAAAAAUACUGAUUAAUGCAGCUGUAAGAACUAAGAUCUCUCUGAUAUUUGAGUAUAUAAGUGGGUCUGAUUUAUGGCGAAGUAGUGCACUAGUGAUCAGUCGACUCAGUUAGGGUCAUGCUUUGUAGCUUUAAACCUGCAAUACUUGAAUCUAAUUAUUUAUAUUUCAAAAUAUACUCGACCAAUGAUGAAUUGCUUAAUAUAUUUUAUAUAUAUUUUAAUAGCCAAGCAAUUGGAAGUACAAGUUAGUAUGGACUAUACUGCGAAACAAGCCAGAUGCUUUGAUACUGCACCCCAAUGUGAGUCUUACAGAACUUCAUGUGCCUUCUGUUAUUUACCUUUGCCAGUUAUAACAUGUGUACUCUUGUUUUGUCAUGAGCCCCAUAUCACUGCUGAGUUGUCUCAGCACACAGGAAGCUGCUGUUUAUGUUGCAGCAUGUCUUUGGCAUCCCAGCUGAUACAGUGAGAGAGAGAAAUGAUGUCUUUGAAUAUGAGAAGUCAAUACUCUGUGUAGCCUUAAGGAGAGCGGUGGCCUCUGAGCAUCAUUUGUAAACAAUUUGAGAGUAAUUUCUUUGUAGAAGAAUAAAGAUUUUAAUUGUU